UGCCUAUCAAUACGAGUCGUAAUGCCUUUUCUGUUGCCUUCAGAUAUAUAUUAUUCGAAACGUUCAAUUUCCAAUGAGUAUGGGACCCAGUUGCUUUGGUACAAAAAACCAAUUGGAGAAUAUUUGGAUGAUCUUUGUUGUGACAGGCGGAAUAUUUCUGAUAUGCCGCAGUUACAAGUUCGGAGGCCACUAGGGCGUAUGUUCGGCAGAUGGGUUGCGGAUGACAACGAAACGCUAUGGAUAUAUAGACAAUUAGAAAAGAAUGGAAAGUGUAUGCAGAUUCAAGCAGAUCAGGUCAGCAGCUUCAAGUCGUGGAUAUCUUUAUCGCUUACGGCAUUAACCGGAACUAUCUCUGCCGAAGUUGAAGGAGCGCCAGGAGGGAAUAUGUGCAAGACAAACAAUAAUUUCCUUGACACCUUUCGCAAAAUACACUCAUUGGCAUAUGAAUACAUUUUCAGGGUUAUGUACCUGUUUUGUUGUUUGAUUUUUCUUUAUUGGGUCAUCUUUUAAACAUGCUUAAAUUAGGAGAAGCAUGACAAUGAAUUUCAGGAGACACAUUUUCCUUUUAGCUCACCUGAACACAAAAUUCUCGUGAUGAGCUAUUGUGAUCACGCUGUGUCCGUUGUCCGUGCUGCGUGUGUCCGUUCUUCCGUCCGUCAAGUCGUCCG